AUGCCGCCAAAGGCACAGAAGAAAAAGAAACAACAAACCGUCCUCACUGACUUGGUGGGAGGCUCCCAUAAGACAGGCAACCAAUCCUCCAAUGCCAAUGAUGCGGCAGAGCAAAGUGCAACGACACACACGUUGUCGUUCGAUGGCAAACACAUUGAGUAUGAGCGUUAUGGAUCUACGAAGAGCGAACACAAGCUCGUCUUCACACACGGUGCGGGAGGCGGAAUUGCUAAUCCUGCCACAAAGUUAUUCGCGAAGGGCGCUGCGACGAAAGCGCUCGUGUACAGUUUCCAAGGAUCCAUGAACCUGCCUUCCAGGACCAAGUCAUUUUCGGCAAUGAUCGAUCAUCAUAAGGACGAUGAGGCGACGACAACGGUGUUGGGAGGUAGAAGCAUGGGAGCUCGUGCAGCCGUGCUUGCUGCAGCUGACCAUGCUGAAAUCAAGCAUCUCGUCCUGGCGUCGUAUCCGCUCGUCGGUCAAAACGGCAGCGUCAGAGAUGACAUACUGCUUGCUAUCGAUGAAGGCGUCAAAGUGCUGUUCAUCUCUGGAGACUCUGACAACAUGUGUUCCAUCAAGCAACUCAAUGAAGUAAGGAAAAAAAUGAAGGCAAAAUCUUGGCUCGCUAUCGUGCAAGGCGCCGACCAUGGAAUGAGUAUCAAGCCAAAAUCGGCAGUCGAGGAUAUGCGCCUUUAUACCGGUAAGCUUGCCGCUCGCUGGAUCGAAGACAACGACAACGACAAGACUGAGUGUGAGCUGCGGUGGAAUGCACACGAGAAGACCGUCGUCAACGACGGCUGGAAAUCUGUAGCGGCAAAGGGAAUGUCCGAUUCCAAAAGUGCCACGAAGUUUGUUGAAGCAGACGCCGACGAUGUUCAGCAGAGACCAGCCAAACGGCAGAGGAAGCGCUGA